AUGUUUAUUGUUUACAAUUUUGAAAGAGCUGAUGAUCCAACUCUAGGGACGUGGGAGUUAUAUGGAUUAUCUGGUGUCUCUGCAAUGCACAUGGCGGUUUUAUCAUCGACUAAAAUUUUAUUUAUUGAUAAAGUCGAAGCAAAUGAAUUAAAACAAUCCGAUGGCUUAUCUGCUAUUGCUGCAGAAUUCGAUCUAACAACAAAAAAUGUUCGUGCGAUUGAUCUGGCCACUAAUACUUUUUGUUCUGCGGGUUCAUGGUAUAGUAAUGGUUCAUUGAUAUCAGAUGGUGGUGGUCAACCUGGUAAUAACUUUCAAGACGGUGGUAACACCAUUAGAAUUUAUGAUCCUUUUGUUGGUACUAUGUACGAAAAAAUUAAUUUCAUGACAAAUUAUAGAUGGUACCCUGCUAUGGCUACAAUGCCAGAUGGAAGAGUAAUGACAAUGGGUGGUUCCAAAAAAGCAACCGGUCCUAACAGAGCUGAAAUCAAUUCUCCUAGUUAUGAAUUCUUUCCAACUCCUGAUGGUUCACCAGCUGUGCCACUCAAUUUCCAAUUUUUGGUUGAUACUCUGCCAUAUAAUCUUUAUCCAUUCGUGCAUGUAAUACCUAAUGCCGAAUUGAAGAAUGUAGCUUUUGUGUUUGCCAAUAAAAAAAGUAUACUUGUUGAUUUAGAUACUACCACAACUUUGAAAACUUAUCCUGACAUGCCUGGAAUUUCUCCACGUGUAUAUCCCUUGACUGGUAGUUCGGUCUUGUUGCCAUUAAGACCAGCUACAAAUUAUUCUGCAGAAAUAAUGGUAUGUGGUGGUGGAACUGGGGCUACUCCGCUUUCUCCUGCUGAUGCUUCAUGUGGUAGAUUAAAUUUAAAUGUAGAUGCUCCAGCAUGGGCAAUGGAUGAUUUUGGUGGUCAAGCAAGAGUUAUGCCGGAUGUUGUUAUUACAUCUGAAGGAAAUCUUUUGUUUUUUAAUGGCGGUGCUACAGGAUAUGCCGGAUUUCACAAAGGAAAACCAGACAAUCCAUUAUAUAUUUGUAAUGACCCAGUUUAUGCACCUUCAUUUUAUGAUGUUACUGCAAAAACAUACAAAAAACUUGCACCAUCCACAAUUUCAAGAAUGUAUCACUCAGUUGCAUCUUUAUUAGGUGACGGUAGAAUAAUAAUUGCUGGAAGUAAUCCACAACCAAAUGUUGAAGUUGGAUCAACAUACCCAACAGAAUAUCGUAUCGAAUUGUUUACACCACCGGCACUUUUAACGGGUAAACCAAGACUCACCAUUCUAACCGUAGCUGGAAAUAACUUGAAUUCUGUAACGCUUUUAGCACAUUAUAAACAAUCAUUAGAAAUCACCUUUAAGUUAACAGUCACCAACUUCCAACAAACAUUACUUACCGCUUCAAUAAUUCAUUUUGGUUUUGUCACACAUUCUCAACACAUGUCGCAAAGAUACGUUGAAUUGGCUAUAACACUUGUUCAACCACCUGCAACAGCUGAUUCAAAUGUUUACAAGAUUACGGUUGAUAUGCCUCCAGAUCAAACCAUCUUCCCGCCUGCACCGUCUUUCCUCGCUUUGCUUUAUGAUGGAAUGGUUUGUGAUCAAAUGGCCGAAAUUACCCCUUUCAUAAAACAAUAA